CUUUUAGCGUAUAUAGAGCAGCAUAUCUCCACCAGACUCCAUGUAAAUAAUCACUACUUUUAGCGUGUAUAGAGCAGCAUAUCUCCACCAGACUCCAUGUAAAUAAUCACUACUUUUAGCAUGUAUAACGCAGUAUAAGAAGGGGAUUUUGAGAUAUUUCAUGUGAAACGUAAAGGAUCUUAGUCUUUAACAUCAGACACAAACACAUGGGAAAUAGAGUCCAGGUUCAUAAACUAAACCAGGUUAUAUUUAAAUGAGCAGAUGCUUGUGUAGCUAUCAGCUCCAUUGCUGCAGUUUCUUCUCUGUUAUCAGGUCAGUGGUCCUCCACUGGGGGUCAGCUGUGUGACUACCGCUUCAUUGGAGAGAAGAAGACCUGGAAAGGAGCCCAGGAGUACUGCAGAACGUACCACACUGACCUGGCCACCGUGUCCAACCAGGAAGACAUGAAGAGACUCCAGCAGCUUAACCAAUCCGGAGCCUGGAUCGGGCUGCAGAGAGACUGGCGCUGGUCUCAGUCCGGGGUGGAGUUCAGAGAUAGUAACUGGUAUCCAGGAGAGCCGGAUAAUCGAAACAAUCAGGAGAACUGUGUGUGGAUGUAUAGUGUUGGCAGAUGGUCUGACAACUCUUGUGCUUCCAACUCUAAUUUUAUCUGCUAUGACGAAAACAAGACCUCCAACGGAACAUUUCAUGUCAGUACAUCUGGGAUGAGCUGGUCUAAUGCUCAGAACUACUGCAGAACACAUCACACAGACCUGAUCAGUGGAGUCCAGCAGCUGGAGGACUUCAGGACCCAGGUCAAGGAUCAAGGAGGACCUUUCUGGAUCGGCCUUUUCAGGGACCCUGCCUGGAGCUGGUCUGAUGGGAGCAGCUUCUCUUUCAGACUCUGGGAACAACACAGUGAGAAGACCUGUGCUAUGACUACGUCAGGUGGAUUCUGGUCUGAUGACUGUUAUAAACCCAAAACCUUCUUCUGCUACGACGAUUCUGUGAUCCUGAUCCAGAAGAACCGGACCUGGGUGGACGCGUUAUACUACUGCAGAGAUCACUAUGGCGACCUGGUGACCAUCACCAACCUGGACCAGCAGCUCUGGGUCCAGGAGAGAGCCAAGAUGGCCGCCACUCCCUACGUGUGGCUGGGACUGCGCUACACCUGCACCCUGAACUUCUGGUUCUGGGUCAGAGACGAGACGGUCCGCUACACCAACUGGGACCUCAGCGAGACUACGGGGGACAACUGUGACAUGUCUGGAGCCAUGGACAGAGGGGGGGGGCACCAGUGGGUCAAAAAGAUCGACAACAAAAACCAGUUCAACUUCAUCUGUUCCAAGAAGUCACCACCACAAUGUAACUAAGUACCUUUACUCAAGUACUCACGUAGUAAUGUUGGGGGGACGGAGUACUUAUACCUCAAAGGUCUAACUAUGGGGACAAGUCCUAAUAUUUAAGAAAAACAUUAAUAUUUUG